UUUAAAGAAAAAUUCAUGUUAUUUUUGCAAUAUCUUAUUCUGUAAAAUUAUUUCUCAUCGCAUUCGAAUAAAGUCUGAAAGGGGAUUUCCAAAAUAUUCCUAGUUUUCUUUUCUAUUCAGAAUUACACUGUAUGUCAGAUCAACACUGGCUUGAAAAUAAUGACAAAAAUGAGCGGAAAUGAUAAGAAAGAUGUCCAGUUUUGUAAUAAUGGUUCUCAUCCUAUACUUGCUUCAAGAGAUGGAAGUUUAUCUGUGAAGAGAAAAGCAGACAAUGGUGAUAAGAUAGAAGCAAGAUGCGAUUUUCUAACUAGUCGAAGUUCAACAGGAGAGACAGUAUUGCAUAAAGCAGUUAGAAUGAAUAAUUUGUGUUAUGCAAAAAAGCUACUAUCAAUGUAUUCUACCCAGUUGGUAAACAUUUUCAACUACAAUAGGGAAACGCCCUUACAUAUCUCAGUAAAGCUUCUUAAAGAAGAAAUGACUACUUUGCUUAUUAGAUAUAAUGCAAAUGUGAAUGCAAUGGAUCUUAAGGGAAGAACACCUUUUACUCUUUGCUUUCUGUUGGGUAGCAGGGAAAUGUUUCGUUUGUUUCUAAACAGUGGAAAAAAAAUAUCAUUUGACAUAACUGAUUUUGAUGGAAAUCCACCAUUACAUCUGGCGUUUGUGAAUGAUCAUAAGGAACUUGUACUAGACAUUCUCCAAUCAACAAGGGAAUUUAAUUUAAAUGAUUAUAAUAGAAAGUGUGGAAGUACUAUUGUUCACUUAGUAGCAGAGUCAAAUGAUUCCUCUUUUAUGAAUAAAUUGAUCAGGUCGAAUCCACAAAUCAAUAUAAAUAUGCGGAACUUUGCUGGAUAUACUCCAUGCGAGGUUGCAAAAGGGCGAAAUUUUUCUAAAAUGGCUGAUUUAUUAGGUAAGUACACAGCACUGGAAACUGUAGUGGAUAAUGACUCUGAAUAGCAAUCCCAUGAUAAAUUUCUACCCAUAGUCGUAUAAAUAUGCAAUAGACGACAUGUAGCAUUUAUAAAUAUGACAAUGGAUAUGUGAAGAUUCAAGCUAUUAGUUUACACAUUUUUACAAGAACUCUUAUCGCUGCUAUUCAUUGAGUGGCUCCAUCUGUUUUGUAUAGUAUGGAUCUCUCUAGUGGUACUUUUUCAGUUGGUCUUUGCAAACUAUACAAAAGACUCUAAAUUUUUGGACUCAGUAAUAAAAGCAGGCUAUUAUAGCAAUAAUGUUCAUUAUUCUUAUAUUGUAUAAUACAUGGUUAUACUAUGUUUAUCAUCACUUAAUUAUUUAAAUUAUUCGGAAA